AUAUGACGGAUGUUUGUGAAAGUGAUGAAAAAGAUUCUGCUGCAGAGGUGGAAAAUUCCGAAAUAAAAAUUGAAACAGGAGGUGGAGACACUAAAUCUCAACACCAAACCCCGUCCUAUUCCGACGAUCUAGAUCCAGAACUAGAUGCGCUCCUAGACGAUGCAAUUAAAGGGUUCGGGAAUACUUCUGCACCCGAAAGCAGUACCAUUCCUAAAUCUAAUUCUAGUGCUAACUCGCAAGCCAGCAGCCAAUCAUCAUCCAUCUCUUCUGGGACAAAGGUCAAAACAAAAAAGCAGUCGACUAAAAAGCAGCAGCAGCAAGCUCAAGGUAUAGAGAGUUUGUUACAUGGCAAUCUGGGUGGCUCGGACUUCGAAGCAGAGUUCAAGAAGCUUCUGUCAAGUGAAGCGGCUGAGUUGGGAGACCUUUUAGCGUCUGAGUUUGAAAAGGCAAUGACAGACCAGGGAUCCGCUCAGGAGUCAUUAUUUAGUGAAAACGAUUUAGAUGAUCAAGCUAGUUAUGAAGAUCAGCUGUGUCGCAAAAUGGAGCAACUAACAAAAGAAAUGGAGAAAACUUUACAUGAGUCAACUUCGACAUCCGGGAAAGACCAUCCGCAUCACGCCUCGGGAGUCGGCCCGGACGAGUUUGAAAAAGUGUUUGGAGACUUAUUGCCAGGACUAGACGACGGAGAAUCAAACUUUGACGACGUCCUGCAAGACCUCAUUUCCUCACUCCUUGACAAAGACAUUCUCUACCCCUCGAUACGUGAGCUAAACGAGAAGUAUCCGCCCUGGAUGGCCGAAAACAGACACUCGCUCUCAGAAGAAGACGCCGUCCGAUUCGAUAAACAGAUCUCAAUCAUAUCUAAAAUUUGUAAAGAGUAUGAAACGCAACCAACAAGAAACGAAACGAGUGUCGAUGAUGGACCAUCUCAGGAGGCGAAUAGCGAACCUGAUCCAAAGUCAACGGAACGAAUCGUAUCACUCAUGCAUGAAAUGAGAGAACUGGGGAACCCGCCUGAAGCCCUGAUGGAAACCAUACAACCAGAAGGUGGGGCUAAUUUACCUGGUCUGUCAUCUUUGUUCCAAUCUGGGACAGGAGAAAACCCUGGAUGUCCAGUGAUGUGAUUAAUGAUUCAAAAACUAAACUUGUGUACUCCUAAGUUCUCUAAAUGAAUUGUCCAGAUAUCUUUCAUAAUGAGCCCACUUUGUCUAUUAUAGAUUACAAAUAUCACAAUUCACGAUCGCCACGUUUGAAUAUAUAUCUAUUUUGGAAAUUAAAGAUUGAUUUA